GCCGGUAUCCCACCAGGCGCAUGUCACUUUGUGUGUACUAGGGAGCUGCUCUGUCCCCUUCUCAGCUGCUGAGCUGUCAAGAUCUGCGCCAAUAUGUCAAAAGCACAGAAAAUCAACGAGGAAAUCCGCUCCUUGGCCGAGAAAGUCUUUGCAACUGAAGUCCACGAUGAGGAUAGCAAAGAGGAACUUAAUCUUUUUGACGUUGCGGAAUACUGCCCUAUAGUGCAACAAGAAAUGGCACACCAGUUGGCUGUGAGGGAAACUAAGGAGGCACAGGAUAAAAGAAAGCAGCGACUUCAACGUCUCAAAACAAUUGUCAUUAAAGUUCCAGAGGUAGAAAAGGAGCUUGCCCCAUUGGAGGCAACAGAUGACUCUGCUCCAUUGUACCUGACUGUUCCAGAUUACCAGAAAGUGCAGAUCACUGGAGACUACGCAUCUGGGGUUACAGUAGAUGACUUCGAGCUUGCUGGAAAGGGUCUUUUUAGGGCGCUAGCAAUCCGGGAAAAAUACAUGCGCCAUUCCAUCCAGAGAUUUCCCAGAACAACAGCCCAAUAUCUGCGUGACAUUGAGGGUGGUGUUUGGAAGGAGGAAGAUGAGAUUUACCCAGACUUUACCCCACCACCACAAAAAGGAGAAGAUCCAUUUAGAUCGGACAACCUGCCCGCUGACCUGGGUUACCAUGCAGCAAUAAAUAAUGGAGUCAUUUACGUCUACCCAGACAAAGACGCAGCUUCCAAGAAGAAGCCUAAAGAUCUUAAUUAUCCAGAUCUAAAUACCUUUGUGGAUGACAUGAACUUCUUAAUUACUCUUAUUGCACAAGGACCCCUUAAGACGUAUAGCCAUCGGCGUCUCAAGUUUUUGUCAUCAAAGUACAAGGUCCACGAAAUGUUGAAUGAGAUGGAUGAGCUGAAAGAAUUAAAAAAUAACCCACAUCGCGAUUUCUACAAUUGCAGGAAGGUGGACACUCACAUCCAUGCUGCAGCCUGUAUGAACCAAAAACAUCUUCUGCGCUUCAUCAAAAAGUCCUAUAGAGUGGAUUCAGAAAGGGUGGUGCAUAAUUCCAAAGGCACAAAACUGACCUUAAAGGAAGUGUUUGAAAAGCUAAAGCUUCACCCCUAUGAUCUUACAGUCGAUUCUCUUGAUGUCCAUGCUGGAAGGCAGACCUUCCAACGGUUUGACAAAUUCAAUGCCAAAUAUAACCCAGUUGGCGCUAGUGAACUGCGAGACUUGUACUUGAAGUCUGAAAAUUCCAUUAAUGGGGAAUACUUUGCUACUAUCAUUAAGGAGGUUGGUUCAGAUCUAGAAGAUGCAAAAUACCAAUAUGCUGAGCCUCGUCUUUCAAUUUAUGGACGUUCACCAGAAGAGUGGAUAAAGCUAGCAAGCUGGUUCAACAAGCAAAGGGUUUAUUCCCCAAAUAUGCGCUUUAUGAUUCAAGUACCAAGAAUUUAUGAUAUAUUCAGGGCUCAGAAAUUUGUGCCUCACUUUGGGAAAAUGCUGGAGAACAUCUUCAUGCCAGUGUUUGAAGCUACAAUUAACCCAAAUGCUAACAAGGAACUCAGCGUUUUUCUCAGACACAUAUCAGGAUUUGACAGUGUUGAUGAUGAGUCUAAACACAGUGGCCAUAUGUUUUCCUUUAAAAGCCCAUAUCCCCAAGAAUGGACGAUUGAGAAGAAUCCAUCAUACACAUAUUAUAUCUACUACAUGUAUGCAAAUAUCAGAGUGCUGAACAACCUGAGGAGGGAACGAGGAAUGAACACUUUCUUAUUUCGCCCUCACUGUGGGGAAGCAGGGGCGAUUACACACUUAUUAGCAGCAUUUAUGACAGCAGACAACAUUUCUCACGGACUGAACCUAAAAAAGAGUCCAGUGCUGCAGUACCUGUACUUUUUAACAAAAAUCCCUAUUGCAAUGUCCCCACUGAGCAACAACAGCUUGUUCCUGGAGUAUGCCAAGAACCCUUUGCUGGAUUUCCAUGCCAAAGGCCUGGUAGUGUCACUCUCUACGGAUGAUCCAAUGCAGUUCCAUUACACCAAGGAGCCUCUCAUGGAAGAAUAUGCCAUUGCUGCUCAGGUCUUCAAGCUAAGCACUUGUGACAUGUGUGAAAUAGCAAGGAGCAGUGUUCUGCAGUGUGGUUUAUCACACGAGGAAAAAGUGCGUUUUCUGGGGAAAGAUUAUCACAAGGAAGGGCCACAAGGCAAUGAUAUUCGCAAGACAAAUGUUGCCCAGAUACGGAUGGCAUACCGAUAUGAAACUUGGUGCUAUGAACUCAACCUGAUACUCCAAGCUUUGAAGACUGCAGAAUGAGAAGGGAAAUCUGUGGCUUUUAGAAGUUUUGUUGCAUAAAUACCCUAUUAAUGAUGUGUUCAAACAAAUUAAGCAAAAUGUGUACCAUUCAAUUAGUAAUGCCAAGUACUAUUAUAUUGUUGCUGUAUCAAUGACACAACAUCAUUAGAACCAUUAAAACACUAAAGUAUUAUAAUUCUGUAUAUUUUAGCUUUGGGAUACAGCACUGCAUUCCCUCCAAAUCAUAAUAUAACCUAGUGCAGGGGUAGGCAACAUUUGGCUCUCCAGAUGUUGUAGACUACAUAUUACAUAAUGCUCUUACAGCCAUUAUGCUGACAAAGCAUCAGGGGAGAUAUAGUCUACAACAUCUGGUGUCCCGGAUGUUGCCUAUCCCUGACCUAAUGUGAAAAACAGUUGGAGUUGAUAUGGAGUCCCUUCAAAAAAGGCUUUUUCUGGCUGAGAAUAAUGGGCAUUCCCGUCCAGAUAUCUUAAGCUAAGCCUCUUGCCUUAUAUGGAUAGUCACCAAACUCUACCCCAUGCACUUCUUAACCCUAACAUAAAGCUCUUUCUAAUAGAUUUUCUAUUUUAUUUUCGGAACAAAUUUAAUUUUGUCUGAAUUUUGGAAUAUUCGGCAAUUAAGAAGCAUCCAAAUUUCUACAACAUGGAAACUAAACAAAAACAAAUAGGUCUGUAUUGAAUUGAUUCAUUUUCAAUCCAUUUCUUAUUAUAAAGGUUAGCAAAUUAGGGAGUUAUCAACUAAACAACUGAAGAAGCAAAAAUAAGGAAAGGGCUUUUGAUCUUUCAGCAGUUCCGCAGAUAAUUCCCUAAUUGGUGCUUUGUAACUUUGUGAUUGCCACCUUUAUUAAUUCUCCAUAGGAAAUAAUGGGCUUCCGAAUUUCAGAAAUUAACAAAAUGUUCAUAUUUUUAGAAUUCCAGAUUAAAUGAAUGUUGAAAAUGAAAAAAAAAAAUGUAAAUUAAACCAAUUCUUUCACUGUGCACAUCUCUCUACCUCCAAGCACUUGCUCUAAUUGCAUCUUACCCCUAUUUUCAAGAACUCUAUAACCCCAAAUCUGAGCUCAGGUUCCCAUACAACUCACAACUCUUUAACUGAAAAGGUGUAGAAACAUUUCAAAGGUUUUAAAUGCAAUAUUUUGAUGCUCUCUAUUUUAAAAAUGCUAGUGAAACAGGAUACCCAGUGACAGAAAGACACACACACACACACACACACACACACACACACACACACUCUCUCUCUCUCUCUCUCUCUCUCUCUCUCUCUCUCUCUCUCUCUCAAAUGCAGCAAUACCUAAACUCGCACUGAGACACAUACACAUGUACAACCAUAAUCAUAUACUGAGAUAUGCACACGUAUGCAGUCUGAAUCAGAUAUCCACUCAUAUUUUACUAUUAAUCAUAUAGCACACUAACACAGUACUGUACCAUACAAAGCAUACUCUAAAACAAACACAUAUUGUACUGCACACACAGAGCAGAAUGACACAUAUACACCCUGACACACACACAGCGGGCUGACAGAUAUACACCCUGAUACACACACAGAGCAGUCUGACACAUAUACACCCUGAUACACACACAGAGCAGAAUUACACAUAUACACCCUGAUACACACAGAGUGGAAUGACACAUAUACACCCUGAUACACACAGAAUGGAAUGACACAUAUACAUCCUGAUAAACACAGAGAGCAGGCUGAUACAUAUACACUCUGAUACACACACAGAGCAGAAUGACACAUAUACACCCUGAUACAUACAGAGCGGAAUGACACAUAUACACCCUGAUACAUUCAGAGCGGAAUGACACAUAUACACCCUGAUACACACACAGAGCAGAAUGACACAUAUACACCUUGAUACAUACAGAGCGGAAUGACACAUAUACACCCUGAUACAUUCAGAGCGGAAUGACACAUAUACACCCUGAUACACACACAGAGCAGAAUGAUACAUAUACACCCUGAUACACACAGAGCGGAAUGACACAUAUACACCCUGAUACACACACAGAGCAGAAUGACACAUAUACACCCUGAUACAUACAGAGCGGAAUGACACAUAUACACCCUGAUACAUACAGAGCGGAAUGACACAUAUACACCCUGAUACAUUCAGAGCAGAACGAUAUAUAUACACCCUGAUACACAAAGAGAAAAACAACACAUAUACACUGAAAUACGCAGAGCAGGCUGACACAUAUACACACCCUGAUACAUACAGAUCGGAAUGACACAUAUACACUCUGAUACACGCCAAGCACACUAUAACAGGUAUACAGCCUGAUACACGCAGACAUGAAUGACAGAUAUACAUCCUGACACAGAGCAGUAGGCAGACUAUUAUUAGCUCAUAUAAUGUAAUUAUUUUUUGUUCGUCUUAUAAACACAAAACCUUUGGCCAGCUCAUUUCAAAGUUUACUUUGUGGUCAAAUAAAAGCUUAAUAAAAUGAUUCAUUGGGCUGAAA